AUGCUUAUUGAUGGCGAGAAGUGGGCUUGUGAAGCUUGCGUCCGGGGUCACCGCGUUAGCAGCUGUCACCACAGUGACCGCCCGUUGACCCAUAUUAACAAGAAAGGCCGACCAGUCUCCCAAUGUCCUCACUGUCGCGGCCUACGCAAGUCACGGACAACCCACACAAAGUGCGAGUGUGGUGACAAGAAGAAGACUAGCCACAAAAAUGACCUAGAUCCCCAUUCUGCUGAGAAGUUGGAUCUGAAGCAGGACUCUCAUUCAAGAUGUGGCUGCAUUCAUGGACAGCGCUGCACCUGUGCUCUGAAGAAGGAACCCCAUUUGGAUACCGUGCCCGAGACCAGUGUCCCACUACCAGUUGCUCCUCUAUCGGAGCCACCUAGGAAACCCCAGUUGACGUCGACUAAGUCGGAGAGCACGCUCACCGUAUUCCGCGAUGGUCACCACAAGCCUGCUCAUAAACACAAUGACAUGGCUCACAAAUGCGGUUUACCCUACACGAUCCCCCGGUCUCACACUAUCCAUGGCCCGCCCGACGCUGCUCGUCGCUCGGUAGAUCAUUUACCUUUGACUCAACAAUCCGUCAUGAGCGAAACGAUCGCUGGUCAACCUCAAGAACGGCCACGCAGUAUCUACGGAUUUCAUCGUCGUGUCAAGUCCGAGCAUGGGUCUCCAGAAAAUGAGCCUGUUGCUCCGUCAGGAGAUGUUCCAACAUCUGUCCCCCCACUCGACCUUUCGUCGCUAUUUUCUCAUUCUCAACCGAUGGAGGAGCCCAAUGGUGGUGGGGUUCCUGCACCGAUUCCGAUGUCCAUGCCAAAGACUUCUCUAGACCCAAUCGACACAAGUGGGAUUCCUUACAGCUUGCAGUUCUCCACGUUUCCCACGACGACUGCUUCCCCUGUCAGUGCCUUGCAAUGUCAGGAGCCAUUCUUCACGUCUCCGGAUAAUGACCUAACGUUUUGUUCUGCUGGACUCAACGCCCCGCCCGUUGACUGGUCUGGUGUCCCGCUCUCAUCGGCCAUGCCGACUACAAGCACCCAGCCUCCCUCUUACGCUAGCUUCGACUACAGUUCUAUGGGUCAAGGUAUUCCUCCACCAUCAUCGUCGGGAGAUAUCUCAGAAUUGGAUGAAUUCGCACCACUUCCGAACCUCGGGGGCGCUGGCAAUGACCCGCAUGACCUCAAUAGCGUGAGCGAAGGUUCGGACAUUGAUCAUUUCCGGAUCAGCUCCGCCUCGUCAUUCGUCAGCCUUCCCCAAGCGCAGAUGCUGUCGUCGACCAACUUGGAGUCCAUUAAUAUUGACGAUUUCCUCAAAUCCGCCAACGAGUCGACUGCUGUGUUAGAGCAACAGUUGCAAGUCAGCAUGGGCUUGGAACCCAAAGGCCCUCCUGCCCAGGGUGUUUAUGCCAUGCCGGACGAGCAGAUUUUCGAAAAGUCCAUGGCCAGCCCAGACCCCACAUUGCCGAUGACAGCUGCUGCACCAGAGCCGCUCUGGUCGUCAACGCUGUUUGAUCCUAACUCUACGCCUAUGGAUGACAACAAUUUCUUCGCGCCACCAUGGGUUCAAUAG